AUGUCCAAACAAAGCAAUCUUCUGAGUUUCUUCAAAGGGUCAUCUACGCCUAAAACACCAACAACACCCAAACGCGAACCUCUCAGAAAUAAAGAAUUAACAGAAAAGAAAUCUAGAGAGGGUAAAGAGAAUGAUCGACGAAUUAACAUGGACGAUACUGAUGAUUCUCCAGUUCAAAGUAGUGUCAAGAGAAGAAGAGUAGUAAUAUCCUCCGAUGAAGAAGAUAAUAUGGAAGAAGAUGAUCCCAAGUUAGGAGCAAACCGCGAAGAGUCACCUGAAGCAUCUGCACCCCCAUCCACUCCCUCUACUAACUUUAAGAAACUAAUUCCUCCACGCACUCCGCUCUCGGUGAAGAUUGCUGAGUCUUUCAUCAACUCGUUUAAAGUGAAUGAGAGCUUGGAUGACAGCACUGCAACGCUUGAUAGAACUAUUUAUAAAGUAGAUGCUAAGGAUAAAAUCAAAACUGCAGAAUGUAAUUUAGAAGAAAACAAGUAUGAGCAUGAAAACUUCGUCUGGUUGAAGCCUGAGAAAGUCAAGGACAUCAACGCAAGACUUUCUACUGAUCCAGAAUAUGAUCCUACAACACUUUAUGUUCCACCAGACUUCUUGAAGCAACAAACUCCAGGACAUAAGCAAUGGUGGUCGCUAAAAGCUAACUACUACGACACUGUUCUGUUCUUCAAAGUCGGAAAGUUUUACGAGUUGUAUCAUAUGGAUGCCGUGAUUGGUGUCACUUGUCUUGGUUUGUCUUACAUGAGAGGUAAUUAUGCACAUUGCGGUUUCCCCGAAAUGGCGUAUGGAAAGUUUGCCGAUCAACUCGUUUCUCGCGGCUAUAAAGUCGCUCGUGUUGAACAAACUGAAACACCUGCCCAAUUGGAAGAGAGAAACGCCAAAAAAGGAGGUACUAAGGAUAAAGUCGUCAGAAGAGAACUAUGUCGUCUGACUACUUUGGGAACUCGUACUUAUGGAGUAUUGGACGGAAGUGAUGGAGGAGUCGAACAGUUUGACAGUGGGGAGAAAUAUCUCUUAGCUCUCAAGGAAGAGUCUUCAACCACAUCAUGUCGGUAUGGAGUUUGCUUCAUUGAUACCUCUAUCGGAAGCUUUUGGAUUGGUCAAUUUGAAGACGAUGAGUUCCGCUCUCAGCUUCGCACAAUGUUGGCGAAUUAUGUUCCAGUUCAAGUCUUACUUGAGAGAGGCAACAUCUCAUCUCAUACAGAUUCAAUUCUGAAGAACAUGCUGUCAUCUGUUCCUAAAGAAACUCUCAAUGCUAAGAAGCAGUUCUACACUGCGGAAGACACUGUAAGAUUGUUGGCAAAAGAUGUCUAUCUGGGAGCAUCCUCCUCAGAGUGGCCAAAAACAUUAAAGAAUAUGUUGGAUUCUAAUUCCGCAGUACCUCGUGCUGACAGCGAAUUCUCAUUGGCUUUGUCAUCUCUUGGUGCUGUGAUUGGAUAUCUGAGUCGAUGUUUGAUUGAUGUAGAUGUUGUCACAAUGAAACAGUUCAACAUCUAUCAUCCUAAUAUUAUGAAGAAAACCCAAAAAGAGGUUGAAUGGAAAAACAGGGUGAUGGUACUAGAUGGAAUCACUUUGGAAAACUUGAAUCUCAUUCCUUGCGGAGAUGCUCAAGCCGACAGCUUAUCUCUAUACACCAUUCUUAACAAAUGCUGUACUCCUUUUGGAAAAAGACUCCUACGUCAAUGGAUCUGCUCUCCAUCUUGCGAUCCAGAUGUCCUGAAAGUUCGUCAAAAGACUGUAUCAUGGCUUGCCUCUCUGGAUUCUGCUAACUUUUCGCGUUCUGCCCUCGAAGCCAUGAAAGGGAUGCCCGAUCUCGAAAGACUAUCUCAAAAAAUCCAUACUCUGGGAUUGAAGUAUCGUGCACAAGAACAUCCUGACAGUCGUGCCGUUAUGUUCGACGCUAUUAGAUACAAUAAAAGAAAAAUCAGAGACCUCUUGGCAACUCUGGAGGGCUUCAAGUCUUGCAUGAAGGUUUUGACCAUUUAUGAAUCUUCCGAUCCUGACAACAAGGAAACUUUGUUGGAACAGCUAUUCGGUGUGAAAGAGAAAAAUGAAAAACUUCGAGAGAACUUGAAUUACUUCAAUACUUUGUUCAACCAUAAAGUAGCUCAAGAAUCCGGUUCCAUCGAACCACAGGCAGGAAGAGAUGCUGAAUUCGACCAGAGCGUUGCAGCUGUUGAAGAAGCGAAGGCCAGCCUUGAUGAGUUCCGUAAGAAACAAGAGAAAUCUCUGAAGUGCAAGAUCUCCUUCUUCACUUCGGGAAAGAACAGAUAUCAAAUGGAAAUUCCCGACUCGAUUAGGUUAUCAGAUCAGUAUGAACUGAAAUCAAAGAAGAAGGGCGUUGGUCGUUAUCAUACUCCUGAUCUUGAAGAGCUUAUCAGCGUUUUAGUAGAAGCGGAAGCUGAGCAAGCGAAACAAGCUGCUGAUGCCACUAGAAAGGUCUUCGCUGAGUUCGACAAUCGAUCAGAAGUUUGGAGUUGGAUCGUUCAAGGAAUUGCCACUUUCGAUGUUCUCUUGUGUCUGGCGCGUUACUCGCAGUCUAGUGGGCUUGAAAUGUGUAUGCCUGAGUUUGACUUUGAGAGCCCCGAGCCUUAUCUUAACAUAACUGCUGGAAGUCAUCCUUGUUUGGCCACCUCACUACCUAAGAAUGAUGCUACAACCACUUCGUCAUUUAUUGCCAACGAUACGGUAAUGGGUGGCGAAACACCUUCAGCUCUGCUUCUCACGGGUCCAAAUAUGGGUGGUAAAUCUACUUUAAUGAGACAAGUCGCUGUUUUGUCUGUGAUGGCUCACAUAGGUUGCAUGGUACCUGCGAGUUCGAUGAAGCUUACCUUAGUCGAUAGAAUUUUCACUCGAAUCGGAGCAAACGAUCGAACUGUUUGUGGGCAAUCUACAUUCUUCGUUGAAUUAAACGAAACCCAAAUCAUUUUGAGAGAUGCUACUAAGCACUCAUUAGUUCUCAUUGAUGAGUUGGGAAGAGGAACAAGCACCUACGAUGGAACUGCCAUAGCUUCGGCUGUUCUGAGUGAUAUUACUUCAAGAAUCAAAUGUAGAACUUUCUUCUCUACUCACUAUCAUUCUAUCUGCAAAACUUUCGCAAACAACAAGGACAUUCUGUUUGCUCAUAUGGCUUGUAUGGUGGAGAAUGAGAACGAAACUGAUCCAACCGAGGAGUGUGUGACUUUCUUAUAUCAGCUUGCUUCUGGAAUUUGUCCAAAGUCUUACGGUUUCUACGCAGCCAAGUUAGCAGGAAUAUCUGACCAUGUUGUGCGUGAAGCAUUCGAGGCCAGUAACAAGUUGAUGGCAAAUCGAUGCGUCGAUCCAUCCAAUUUGGAGAAACUUCGUGAAGUGGCCAAGAGAAACGACAUCGAGGAGUUGGAGCGGAUGGUAAUCAUGGCUCAGAAAUAUUACGUUUGUGCCGAAACGGGCUCGGACGAAAAUGUCGGAACUGCUGACAAGCCUCUAGCUUCUCUUUGGAAAGCCAUGCUCUUAUCUGAUAACAAAGGCGAAUACCUCUCAAAAAUCAAGUUGGAGGAUGGCACCUUUGACUGGGAGCCUGCCGCAAAAGCUGCUAUCAAGAAGAACUUGAAGAAAUAUGAAGCUGAGAAGAAGAAAGCUGAGAAAUCUUCUGCUCGUGAAUCUGAGAACGCUGAUGCUCUCAACGCCGCUUUAGAAGCCGCCAAGAAGAUCAAAAUUUCCUACGACUCGGUACCAGAGCAUCUUGUACGCAUAGGAGAUCUUAAAGACUACAGAGAUAAGAGAGUUCAUAUUAAGGCCUGGGUUCAUCGGCUCAGAAGACAAGGAAAAACUCUCAUGUUCUGGGUACUUAGAGAUGGAACCGGUUUCUUACAAUGCGUUCUCGUCGAAGAUUUGUGCAAAUGUUACAACGCUGUUACUCUUACCACAGAAAGUUCCGUAUCCGUUUUCGGAACACUCAAGGCUGUUCCAGAAGGCAAAAUAGCCGAAGGAGGACACGAAUUGAUUGUGGAUUACUGGGAGUUGAUCAGUGGAGCUCCUCCCGGUGGAAUCGACAACGUAUUGAACGAAGAAGCUGGUGUUGAUAUUCUCUUAGAUAACAGACACUUGGUUAUCCGUGGUGAUAAUGCUUCUCGUACUCUGCGUAUCCGUGCUCUCAUUACCAGAGCCAUGCGCGAGCAUUUCUACAAAGCUGGAUAUACUGAAGUCAGUCCUCCAACUUUAGUUCAAACUCAGGUCGAAGGAGGUUCUACUCUUUUCGGUCUUGAAUAUUUCGGUGAACCUGCUUAUCUCACCCAAUCCUCUCAGCUUUAUCUCGAAACUUGUACCGCCGCUUUAGGAGAUGUUUAUUGUAUUGCCCAAUCCUACAGAGCUGAGAAGUCCAGAACUCGUCGUCAUUUGGCUGAAUAUUCUCAUGUAGAAGCUGAAUGUCCCUUCAUCAACUUCGAUCAAUUGAUGGACAGAAUCGAAGAGUUGGUUUGUGAUACUGUAGAUCAUAUCAUGAAUGACCCUGUUAGUAGAGAAAUACUUCAUGGUAUUAACCCCGACUUCCAACCACCAAAACGCCCAUUCCGUCGUAUGGAGUACAAGGAGGCCAUUGAGUGGUUACAAGCAAAUGAUGUUAGAAACGAGCACGGAGAAAAAUUCGUAUUCGGGGAAGAUAUUGCUGAGGCUGCUGAACGAAAAAUGACUGAUACCAUUGGAGUUCCUAUCUUGUUGAACAAAUUCCCAGCAGGAAUCAAGGCCUUCUACAUGUCGCGCACAGGAGACAACUUGACUGAGUCCGUUGACUUGUUAAUGCCUGGAGUUGGAGAAAUCGUUGGAGGAUCGAUGCGUAUUUGGGAUUUGAAAGAGUUAGAGGAAGCUUUCAAGAGAGCAGAAAUUGAUUCAAAGCAUUAUUACUGGUAUGUUGAUCAAAGAAAGUACGGAUCAGUGCCUCAUGGUGGAUACGGAUUGGGUUUGGAACGUUUCAUCUAUUGGCAAGUACUAGGAACUUCGUGUAUUUAUUCAAGUGAUGAUUAUAAAUUAGGAUGGAGUUCAUCGCAGCAAUACUGCUUAGACUCAGAACGUUCCUACUCUGAAGUUACGACAUUAGAUAACUGGCUGUUGGCUCGGCUUUUAAGGAGAACGGUCCCUGCAACUCUGUAUUGGACAGGUUUCGUUGUUAUCAAUGAUCAUACACUAUCUGUUCGUUCUUUGUAUGAAAACCGUACGAUAUACAAUCCUCUAUGGGCUGCAGGCCAACCUCCUCCGAAUUAUUCACCAAACUUAUGUGUUGCUUUGAACGUUAUCGAUGAUAAUACUUUUGGAUGGUUGAUGCAAAACUGUUCGAGCCCGCUCUCAGUUCUCUGCCAAACAUUUGCUUGUCGCACUGAUGAGUUUCGAUGCCGAGACAAUUCCCGCUGCAUUCCUGCGAAAGCACGACACGAUGGUAUUACUGAUUGUCCAGACAAUUCCGAUGAGUUGAACACUUUAAUGGAGAAAAAAUUUGUUCAUGAUAAUGAUUGUGGCCCAAUGAUGCUUACAGCAUUACAAGGAGAAAUAUUCUCUCCUAAUUUUCCUUCAUCGUAUGGAUCUAAUCUGAACUGUACAUGGGUUGUUCAACCAAAGAGCGGAUAUACUAUUGUUCUAACGUCAGAUGAAAUUAUAUUGGGCUCAGGCGAUCGAUUACUUAUUGAAGAUUGGGAUAAUAAGCAAAUGCUGUUCGAUAUUAAAACUUCGCGAUCUCCAUUAUCCUACAGGACGGGUAGCCGAAAACUUCUCAUUCGUUUCCAAGUCUCUUCGCGAGAUAGUAUUACUAAAGGUUUCAAACUGAAAUAUCAUGCUUUUGAACCAUCACCAUGCUCAUUCGAUGGCGAACAAGUGGUGUACGAUUCUCGAAGAACACCAUAUGAUUGCGAGUACAGAUUCAAUGCGCCGGAUAUUAGCCAUUUCGUUUAUAUUAUAGCAGAUAGUAUAAUGCUCAGUGAAAAAGCCUUAGCCUCUAUUUCUUCCUCAACGAAGAAUACCUUCCUUUUCACGUCUUCAAAUCAUUCUCAAUCUGUUGUGCUCCCUGGUGCAGCAGCUUCUUUAAGUAUUCGCGACUCUUGGCGUGACGGACAGGUUUUAUCGACUGUUUGCCAGUUUCGAAUUUUCUACAUAAGCAACGAUAUUUCGCAGAUCCGCAUACCUGCGAAAGGAUUAACUCUGCAUUGGCCUUCUACCAAUGGUGAGCUAGCUCCUCAUAAACUUAACGUGUACAUGGACACUACUUCAACUUAUACAUGGAGUGUGGAUAACGUACAGUCUGGCUGGAAUGAUAACAUCAUAUUGACCACAGGAAAUGACAUAACAACGAUUAUAUCAUCUGGAAUGACUUCCUAUCGCGGAAUGGGACUGACAAGCUUAGAUAUUCAACAAGCUUCCACGAAGUUUAGCCUGAGCAUAAAAUUUUCUGUGGAUUGUCCCGAUAUUUCUACCAAUGCUAUGAAAACCAGUAGACUUAGUGCUCUUGGUUCUUGUGUACAGUUUACAUGUCCUGCGAGCCAGAAUUUAAUUGGAUCAUCUGAGAUAUUCUGCAUGAUGGCAGGUCGUUGGUCGAACAUGCCAGCCUUUUGUACUGACAAGUAUAGCAACUGUUCUCUUCCAAUAAUUAUGAAUGGUUUCAUAAUUGAAACAUCAGUUUCAACAUUGAAAUAUGCAUGCAAAGAAGGCUAUUAUGCAAAAACCGCAACAACAUUACAAUGCUCUGCGACUGGUGUUUGGCAGCCGGAACCUUUGUGUUUAAAAGUUCAUUGUCCUGACACUCCUACACUCUACAGAAAUGCUCAAUUGGUCAACACAACAUUAGGGACUGAUUAUGGAAGUUUUGCUUUGUAUAAUCCUCAGCCUGAAGACGAAUUCUUUCCAAGUCUUGCUCGGAGAUAUUGCAUUCUUGAUGAUAAGGAUCUAACCAAAGGAGUUUGGAAAGAUGUCGGUUUUGUAUUCAAAGCAAUCAGUUGCCAAACGUUCUAUCUUGAUUAUGGAUAUUUCAAUAAAACCCUGAUAAACUAUGGAGACGCUUCGAAUAUUAUCUGUGUCAAUGGUUUUACAAAUCAUGAUUCAGUUACAUGUGAAAACGGAUUAUUAUCAAACACUCACGUCACUUGCAGUAACAAUACAGAAGAUAUUCAUUCUUGUGGAAAUGGAAAUGUUGUUCAGCUUAAUGGUGGAUACACCUGUAACUGUUCUGCCGGCUAUAUCUUGUCUGAGAGACCAUUUCCUAGUUGUAUAGAUAUCGAUGAGUGCGCUAGUUCAUACCUGAAUCUAUGUGAUCCAGAUGCUACAUGUGUGAACACAGUUGGUGGUUAUCAUUGUGUUUGUCCGGAAGGAAAGUAUUUAUAUAAAGGAGAAACCUUAGACUAUGUAGUCGAAGCAAUUCCAGGCUAUUCGUGCUUAUAUCAGCUUUGCUAUAUAAAGGAUCUUGCUAUGACCGAUUAUUCUUACUUUGAUGAAGCAAAGAAGUUUUAUAUGGAUCAAGAGACGUACACUGUUUAUUGUACGAACAUAGAUGAGUUUGGAAGAACUGUUUACGUUCAGAACGUUUACACAUGUCUAUUAGGAAUUUGGAAUGCACCACCAUUUCCUUGCAAUUCUUCGUGUACAGUCAAAGAUCUCGAUAUGUACACUAGCCAAAUGUAUGAAACGGAUUUCUUUGAGUCGAUCAGUGUAGUGUGUGCCUCUAAGACAUUAACGAUUGGAUCGGGUAAAUUAUUCUGCGGAUAUGAUGAAAGCUUGAGAUUGUAUCCUUUCUGUGCUCAUUAUCGUUGUCCUAACCUGACAGAAAUUGCCAGAGACGGCGGAUGGACCUUCGUCUCUUCGAACAGUGCAGAUCCAUUCGCAGUCGAUGCUACUCUAACAAUCACGUUCGAUGAUCAAUCAUGCCUUCCUAACAUGCUUACAUGUGUGAUGAAUGAUGGAGAAAGUCCAUUAUGGUCUGGUCAGAUCAGAUGUAAGAAACAACGCACAUCCAUGCAAGUAAUCGAUUUGUUCAAUCCUUCUAUCAUUUGGACAUACUCAAGAGAUUGGCGGUAUGAUCAAGGAAGUAACAUGUACUUCGUAACAUCAGCUGCUGCUUUCACGUUCUUGAGUUCUAUGCCUGUUGCACUAUUGAGUGACUCAGUGAAAUUGGUUCUCGAAAUUCCUUACUUGAUAGGUUCAGUUCAUGUUUUUAUGCAUACUUCUGAUGUUCCGAAAGACCCUAUGUUUACGCAGUACACCUUGAUUGGUUCUACAAGCUCUGCUGGAUCUUUGACUCUGCCUUUAGAUAACUUAGAGACAUUCAUUUCAAUUUCAAUUAGAGUAUCAGAGUCAGCUCGUUUGAGCUCUUUGUCAAUUGUAUACACACUCUGCUCAACUGUUGAGCUCAGAGGCAUAACAUUACCAAAACAGUACUAUGGAUCGAAUGAUCGUCCUUACAGUGUUCCUUGUCCAAAUGCUAGUUUCGGGUCUCUUUCUGCCUCUUGUACUUCACAAGGCUGGCAUUUUUCUAAUACAUGUGGGGAGGAUGACGAAGCUUCUGAUUGGGACGACUUCGCAACACCUACGCCGCCUCCCCUAUCUUGUCAGAUUAACUCUUGUCCUUGGGGUACUUGUAUCAACCAACCUGGAGGAUAUAUCUGUGAAUGCUACGAAGGAUUCUACUUGAACCAAACAGAGGCUAAAUGUGCUCCAGAUGAGAGGAAGUAUUCGUUUUGUUCCUCGAAGGGUACGGAGAAAAUGAACAGCUAUGGCAAUUGUGAAUGUAAAGAUGGAUUCUAUAACGAUGUCUGUUCUCAUCUCCAGGUGGACAGUACGGGUGACUGUGCUCCCAACGGCACCAUAAAUGGAAAUUGUGUUCCUCUGAUCAAGUUCGGCGACGAUACCGUUGUUUCAACUUGUGUGGUUAUAACAGGAAGACAAUUAACGUUGUGUAACGAAGCUCUUCCAACGUCCUUGCCAUGCCCAUGUGUUGCACAGCAAGGUAUUUGUUUCAUGGAUUUCAGUUCAAACCCUGCGUGUUUCUGCAAUCCAGGGUAUAUUGGUCAAACGUGUGGAGUUACCACAGUAUGUUUUGAUGAUUAUGCCACUAACGAUUUUCUAUGUGAAAACGGAGGCACGUGUGUCAUAGACGACAAAGCGAUCAUAGCUAGUGCUCAUUGUAAGUGCACAGACGAAUGGUUUGGAGAUCAAUGUCAAUAUCUGACUUACAUGCACAAUUGUGAUCAAAUUGCUUGUUCGCAUCAUGGCACUUGUCAAACCUAUGUUAAUGGCUUUUUCUGUAAGUGUGAACCAGGUUACUCGGGGGACCACUGCGAGAAACAAGAGGAAACUAUUUGUUCAUCUGAUCAUAACCCAUGUUACAAAGGACACUGUAACUUAGAUGAGAAUGCUCAAUAUACAUGCGAUUGCAUUGACAACUAUUCUGGUACUUAUUGUAACAUCCCUCCAUCAGUUUGUACCACCAAUCUGUGCGCAAACGGAACUUGCAUCGAUGUGCUACCCAACGACUACAUCUGUGAAUGUUUCGAAAACUAUCAUAUCGGUCCUGAUUUGAAAUGUUCCGUGCUGAUUGAGUAUUGUCCUUUCAAUCCAUGUCAUAAUGGUGGUACUUGUCAGGAAAAGAAUGGCGAAGGCUAUUCUUGUAAAUGUCCAACAGGGAUAUACGGUAUGAAUUGUGAAAUUGACAAAUGCUCAGAUUACUUAUGUGCGAAUGGAGGACAUUGUAACUUAGAUGAUCAGUUAAAUCCUGUAUGUGUCUGUAAAGAAGGCUUUUCCGGAGAACAUUGUGAAACAGCAGUGGAAACUUGUCAAAAUGUUAACUGCAACAACGGCACCUGUCUGAUUACUGCUGAUGAUGACUUCAAGUGUGACUGUUUUACUGGGUACACUGGACAGUUCUGUGAUACACCUAUAAAUCCGUGUGUGAGCUGGCAGUGCGAGCAUGGCAAGUGUUUAUACUCUGAUAAUAACCCUCAAGGAUACUGCCAAUGUUCCGCCAAUUACACAGGAAUCCAUUGUGAGACUCAGUUUAACCCUUGCGAUCAAAUAGCAUGCUUGCAUGGUAAAUGUGACAUAAUAGAUAACUCACCCAAGUGUUCUUGUGAUGAUGGAUACUCUGGAGAUCAUUGUGAUAUAACAAAAGCUACUUGUGAUCGUAUUGAAUGCGAAAACGGAGGUCGCUGUGUAACUCAGAAUAACACUGCUUUCUGUAUUUGUCCUGAUCAGUUCACUGGAGAGUAUUGUCAGACAGACGUUUCAACAUCGUUCAAUCUGGUCUUCAAUAGUUUGAAGUCCACACAGCCGAUUGUAUCCCGUAUGCUCAACACAUCUCUCUACAGAGAGUUUACGUUAUGUGGAUGGGUACAGUACGCACCGACGAAAAUGAGUAAAUCUACAGAUUACUUGCCUCCAUUCGUCGCGAUCGCUACUAACACUAAUCCCUCGCAGUAUGCUAUUCAAAUUGACAACCAAGGUGUAUUGCUUGACAGAGAAAGAUUCAUUGCUCAAUCGAUUACUACCUUAGUUUGGCAUCAAAUUUGCUUGCGUAGUCCAGAGUACAACAGUGACGACAAAUAUAUUUGGAGUUACUUCGUCGAUGGUACUCUUGUUAAAGAAGCAGCCAAUAAUAUACUUCCUGAGAGCAAGCUAUUUCAAUAUAUGAUUCAGCUUGAUCCCUUCGGCACUUUUGAAGGAAUUAUCAGUGUGAUACAGCUUUACUCGUCUCGGCUUAAUGAAACUGAAAUAGCUGAAAUGACAUUCGAAUGCACAAAAUGGAAUUCAGGCCAUCCUGAUCUUAUUAUAAACUGGGCCAACUUCACAACUGUUAGUCGAGAAAAUCCGGCCAUCAAAACUGUUGUGCCGGGCAUAUGCUCAACGUCGAACUGCCUUCCUGGCCGUCCUGGUUGUAACGAUACAGAUAAAAUUCCUCCUGUUGUAGUUGAAUGUCCGUUGGAUAUGCGAGUCAUUAGUAGGAAUCGGCUUGCUGCGGUUGAGUGGCCAACACAGAAUAUGUUCUACGAUAACGUCGGAGUAUCGUCUAUCACAAGCAACUUUCGCUCUGGUCAACUUUUCAAAUGGGGUUUCUACCAUGUCAUGUAUGUGGCAGCAGAUGAAGCAGGAAACACAGCAGUUUGUGAAUUUGAUUUGGCAAUAAGUCCUGUAGAUUGCCAACCAACGGAUGACAAUCAGAUCCAAGGACAUGUUCUCAAGCAAAGAAUCAAUGGAACUAACAGCAGACAAGCGGCAUUCAUAGAUUGCGAUGACAUUUUCUAUGCGAGCAACAAUCCCAGCUUUUUCACUUGUGAUGAUAUGGGCCAAUGGGAUCACAAUGUGAAUGCUAAUCUGAAUUCGAAGUAUAGUUUUCCCAGCUGUGGAAAUACUGUAACUCCACAACAGACAAUAAACGGAUCACUAGAUGCUGAAGGCAAUUGUGAACAGAUAUUCGAUGAGCUGUAUGACACAAUUUAUGCCGAUAUAGCUAGUUAUUGCACUGAUAACUGUACAGACCAGAUAGUUAUAGAGCCGCUGUGCAACAUAUCUCUUCACCGACCUCAUCGCGAAAAGAGAGAAGCUGUUCAACAGUCGUUUACUUAUGCCAUUUAUCUGAAUACGACUAGGAAGAUGCUUUCUGACCCUGUUGAUCGCAGUAUAAAACAACGGUUUCCUAAUGGAUCCUCCACGGUUGAUUCCCAAUUCAACUGCUCUGAAACACAUCCUAGGAGUUCAAUCACCGGAGAUAACUAUUCAUGUGCAAACUGUCCGCCUGGAACAUUUCUCUAUCGAUACACAAUGCAGUGUUGGGAUUGCCCUCCAGAUACCUACCGAAACACUUCAUCCAACAAACUGGACGAUUGCGAUCCUUGUCCAGAUGGAUUAACUACCGGCUCGCGAGUUCGUUCUACUGAUUAUAAUCAAUGCUACGAGAAAUGUCCUGUGGGAAGUUAUUAUGCCAACAAAACAUCAGGCUGUCUUCAAUGUCCAUUUGGUACGUAUCAACCUAAUGAGGGAACAGACGAAUGUUUAACGUGUCCGCUGUAUACAAGCACUCCUUUAACAGGAGCUACAAAAGAUUCGGAUUGUUCACUAACCUGCCCUCCAGGCUAUGAAUUUGAUAUAGACGGAGUAUAUUGUCAGCCAUGUCCUAUUGGAACAUACAAGAAUGUGACUCUGGGGCCAUGCAUUACUUGCCCAAUAGGCUUGUAUACAAGAACUAAGGCUUCAAAGUACUUGGCUGAUUGCGAUAUACCAUGGUGUCCUCCUAAUACCAUUAUAUCUCCUGAUAUUCAGUAUCCCGUGAGUCCGAGCACGGCAUUUGCAGCAAUAUGCAUCGCAUGCGAGCAAGGGAAAUACCAACCCAGUUUCAAUAUGACCUCAUGCAUCCCUUGUCCGAGCGUUGAUACUGCUCCCACAUGCAGAGUAACUAGUUCAUGUUCACCUCAGCUUUCUGCAUCGUGUGGCUCAGGACAUUCAUGCGAAGAACUCUCCGGAUAUGAUGGAAUUUUCUCCUGCUUACCGAUAGUUCAACCUGUAACGGAAAAACAUACUCCAGUUGUUUGGAUUGUAAUAGGCGUAGCUGCUUUGAUUGUACUCAUACUCUUGGCUGUUGUACUCUAUUUCUAUCGGGAUAAACUUCCGUGCGGUCCAUAUACGCGCAAAAGAGAGGAGCGUGAACAAAACAUAUAUCGUACUCCUAUUAGAAACGCAAACAAUUCUCGUCGUUACAAUCAAGCUGUAUCUCAUAGUCAUGAUUACUUAAAUAACUUCGAUGCUAAAUCAGAAGCCUCUAACGUGUCUAACGAUCUCAUAGUUCAGCCAAUUCGUAUACAAAGACUUUCAUCGCAGUUACCACCCCCCAUAAUAACAUCCAAGUAUAUUUUAGAGAAAAUGGAACAAGAAUACUCUAAUAAGAAUUUUGCCAGUAAUCCUGAUUUGAUCAAUCAAAGUACCAGUUCUCCUCCUACGGGUCUGUAUCGUACGUCUUUCUCUUCUCAGCUUGCCGACGAUGAUGACGACUUUUUCGGAUAG